AUGGGGGACAAGAUGCUUGAGAUAGAAGAGGAGCUAGAUCUGUCACUGCUUGGCUUAGAGGCUGACUUAUCUAGUGGAAGCUCGUCCGAUACAGCUGUCGAUCGUGCUUCCGAUCCCAUCACACUAUCCUCUGCAACCAAAUUACUUUCCUCUCCUCCUUCUUUUCCGGCAACGGCUCUCGAUUUGUUACGAGCUAUAACCGAAUCUUACCAUCCGUCAGAUUCGACACUCUACAAAGGAGAACUCUUUUCUACACUGCCGACUCAGUCAACACAUCCCGACAAAUCUACAGCCCAACACAAUGACCGUGUAUUUGAUAAAGGCAUUCCUGUUUACCAUGAAUAUCCCAUCCCCCAUGAUUACGCUACAGAAUUACCAAGUUCGGCAAAGGAAGGUGACCGGCUGCAUCUUGCUGCAUUAGACAUGGAGAAGACGGAGUCAUACAUCAGCACUAUCCCAAGCGAAAGCGUUCUGUCCCACCUUGAACAGACUAAGUCACCUCGAGUGAAGGUCAGAUGGGUACAGACAAGACUUCCAGGUAGACGUCGCUAUCGUAAUGCUUUACGCGUCAUUCGUGCUUCCUCACCACCCCCUUCCAUAGUAGGCGAUCCGGCAGACCAAACAUCAGAGGAACUCAGUCAAACCAGUCAACCGACUCGACCUCCUCCGCCUCCUCCGCCGACCGUAUUUCAGCGCGAUUUGUCCGAUAUAUAUGGCACAGAUGUAUUAGACAAAAUCGAACGUCAAUCCAAACUUGAUUCCACGUCAGGAAACUCUCUUCCCCCAGUUCUAAGGGAUUUGUUUCCUGCUUUAGCAGAUGUCAACACGACUAUCAAGAUCGCCAAUGUUUUUAGGCGACAAUUAGAUCUUCCCUUACUUUCAAUCAAAACGGAUAAGAUCGCUCUGAGGAGAUCAAUAGCGAAGAUGAGAGAAGGUCUAUACACCGAAAUAAUGUGUGGUUUGACCUUACCUCUUGCUCCGAAAUCAGUUGAAACGGAGGAUGAACUAGACACAAAUGACGAGAGAGUCACACUUACUCCGAUCUCGCUUCAAGUGAUGGGGAAAAAACUCCCAAAGAUAUUUCCUGCUGAGAAAUCUCUGAUCAAAUCGUUCUUGAUCGAUGACCACAAACUUGCAUAUGGGGAAAAGCUAGGUCAAGUCGUGUGGCAAGGUGGUGUAGGUAAAAUGAGAGGUAAAGGUGAAUGUGGGUUUAGAGGUAAAUGGGACACGGAUGGAUUAACUCAUAUCUACGUAGACCACUCCAAUAUCCUUCAUGGACUGUUACAACAUCUAUUCGCGAAUCCUUCUGAUGCGCUCCCACCACGUCAUCUUCGUACACUAUCUCUUCCUGCUCUGUCUCUGCUACUUCGUAGAGGCAGACAUUCACCUCCAGGAUCAUUACAUCUGGUCGCUUCAUCACCACUACAGCAAAAUCUCGAUUCGUUAGUCCGCUUAGGAUGGGAAAUCUCAGUUUUGAAACGAGUAGAAUUGUACGAAGAUGAAGUUGAAGAUCCCAACUCCAUGAAAGUAUCGUCAAAACCCCAGUCACGUAUAUCCACACACGGUGAUAUCGGUUUGAGAAGAUAUAGAGAACAGGGAGUGGAUGAAAUACUUCAUUUGAAGAUGUUACAAAUCAUCAAUGAAAAAGGUUUCAAGGCUGAGAAGGGCUCAACGUUAGUUCUAGCUACAGGAGACGCAAGAGGAGGUCAAUUCAAUAAAGACGGAUUUCCAGGUGCUGUCAGAGAAGCCCUGAAGAGAGGAUGGAAUGUCGAGUUAUGGUCGUUCACUUCUGGCUUGUCACGGGCGUGGAAGGAAACGGCCAAAAGGGAGAAAUGGUAUGAAUUGGGUAAAUUCACCAUCUGGGCGUUGGAUGAUUGGGCGGAGCAAUUGGUGGAAGUGGGGGAAGAGUCAUUUUGA